AUGGCCGACGCUCAUAAAGAAAAUGAUUCCAAAUCUUCCAACGAUACAAACUCUGAAGAAGAUGAUUCCAAAUCUUCCAACGAUACAACCGCCAAAAACAAGUAUCUCAAUUUUUCUGACGCUCUUAACCCAUUCCGAAUUGAGACUGGCGAUAACCCAGCUGCUACUCUUGUUUCUAAACUCUUGAUUGCUGAUAAUUAUAACAAACUUGCAUUUAUCAAUAGAACAUUGCCUAAACCCACUGAUCUCUCAGACCUUCUUUUCGAAGCUUGGGAGAGGUGCAACGACUUGGUUGUUUCGUGGCUCCAGAAUUCUGUGAGUCCAUCUGUGAAAUCUAGUCUUGCUUUAGUUGAUGAUUCAAGGGUGUUGUGGCUGGAACUCAGGGAUCGUUUUACCCAUCAAAAUGGUCCUCGAAUUUUUCAACUCAAACGUGACUUAGCCAGCUUAUCUCAAAACCAAGACAAUGUCAAUACCUAUUUCGGUCAUCUCAAAACCUUGUGGGAUGAACUUGCUAUCUAUGACCCUCUUCCUGAUUGUGAAUGUGGAAAAUUAAAAAUCCUCCAUAACCGAUAUGACCGAGACUAUGUCAUUCAAUUCCUUAUGGGGUUGUCUAAUUCAUUCUCAAACACCAAAGAUCAAAUAAUGCUACUUGACCCUCUCCCACCUCUUAACCGUGUGUUUUCCAUGAUCCAACAACAAGAACGACAACAUUUGAUGACUACUUCUACCACUUCCCCUGACCUUAUGGCAAUGAUGGCCAGACCAACCUUUCACUCUAGCAAAUAUUCCUCCAAGUCUACUCCCCAGAAAAUUAAUCGCCCAUAUUGCUCUUACUGUAAGAUUCCUAGCCAUUCUCUUGAAAACUAUUUUAAGGUUGGAAAUGCCCAUCCACCACAAUGCACUCAUUGUAAUAUGUCUGGCCACAUUGCUGAGAGAUGUUAUAAAUUGCAUGGUUACCCACCUGGCCAUAAACUCCAUGGGAAAACUAAAGGCACUGCAGCAGCUGUUACUCACUCCCGAGUACUCUCGGAUGGUGAUCAUGAGGAGGAUUCAACUGAAUCAAUGAUGCUUACCAGGAGUUAA